UCAUUCAGCAUAAAUCCGGCUAGGUACUCGUGAUCACUAUUCAUGAUGGGGGAAACAAUGCCUCGUGUCUGGGAGCGCUUGCAAUUCAAUAGCUAUUCUUUUCUGCUACUAUCCAUCAUCCAUGGCGGCGCUUACUACCGCUUCCACUACUCGAGAAAGGACAUACUCGGGUUCCCCACUUGCUAUCUCUCCAUAUCCACUCAAGACGUUGCAUCAAGUCGGCGCAACCGAUACUCUUGAAAUCUAUGUUGAAACUUUAGGGAAAUUAUUAGAAGACCAUGAUUACCUACCUGGGAACCGAAAACUUCUGAAAGCUAUUGUUAAGGUUGUAAACUGCCUAGAACAAUAUCCCAACCCCGUCGGUCCCGAAGUCAUGCUGCAUCAAACAUUAACAGAUGCUGUCAAAGCAAUAAGAGCUGUCAAGUGGUACAAGCUCCCCUUCAGGAUGAGGACGAAGAAACGUGAUGCAAUAGGCGUUAUCAGGCAGGCAAUCUGGGACUAUGUGGAGGCUAAAGCCGAUUCUGCAUACGAGGGUUUUGAUACAAACCUGAACACAAGGACCUCUUUGAGGUCACUGUUGAACACGAGCGCAACAAGCGUCAGCACAACUACUUUUGAUGCGCACAUUGAUCUCCUCGGAGGCCAGUCUGAUUCGGACGAUGAUCAAAGCGGUAAAUCAGACGCCGAAGAUAAUCUCGAGGGCUUACCUUGGAUAACUGAUAUACGCGACUUUCUCCGAUCUGACCGUCCUUUCAGGCAUAUUGCUCGCGUUGCACCUGAUAAUUCUGACAAGGUCAUCAAUUUUCUACAGCUGGAAUGCGAUAAAAACAGGGAAGAUACUCUUUAUCAUGCGCGGUGUAUCAAAUGCCUAUUCUACAUGACGAGAUUCCAUGGUAUUCUUCCCACCUCCUUUUCAUGCCGGCAUGCGAGACGUAUUGGCAACCGCCCCAUAUGGGGAGGUGGAUUCGCCGAUAUAUGGAAAGGCCGUAUGGACGACGAGCUCAUCUGCAUCAAGGUUCUUCGUGUGUUCAUGGACAACGGCAUCGAACAACGAAAUAAAAUGAUAAAGGAUUUCUGCCGCGAGGCACUCGUCUGGAGGAACCUUUAUCACCCAAGUAUUCUUCCUUUCCUCGGUGUCAGCAGGCAUCUCUUCGCACCAAGUUUUUGUCUGAUAUCCCCGUGGAUGGAAUAUGGGAAUAUAAUGACUUGUCUUAGUGAAAGACCCCAUCAGAUCCAACGGAUAACAGCAAUAACCCAAGUUGCCGAAGGAAUCGCAUACCUUCACGGCCUCAAUCCACCAAUAGUGCACGCUGACAUUCGCGGGGCUAAUAUCUUAGUCAAGGACGACUUAUCCUGUUGCCUGUCCGACUUCGGUCUGGCUCUCGCCGUUGAGUCGCACGUAGGGACAACCUCCUCGUCAAGGACAUUCUUAGGCGGCUCCUUACGGUGGAUGCCUCCUGAAAUAAUGGAUGACAAGCAAUUCGAUCCCGCCUAUAUCACUGCACGAGACGUGUACUCCUUUGGAUGCACGGUUAUUGAGAUAUAUACCGGCAAACCGCCGUUCUCUCACAUUCGAAAAGAGGCGGCCAUUAUCAAUGAAGUGUUGACCCACGGGAGUCGACCCAAUAAGCCACUCGAUAUUCCGGACUGGCUGUGGGAGCUGGUAUCAAAAUGUCUGGUCUCUCCCGCGAGUCGAAGACUUACGGCUCAAAAGCUGGUAAACGUUUUAACUUUGGGGGAUAAUGUUUAGCGUACGAGGUAACAGAAUCACGGAUAGGAUAUUUAUGGAAGGGAAGUGAGACCAGCUGUCGAACGUGGGGCAGUAAAAAGCGUGUUGAAGGUGUAUGAGAUAAUAUUGGAAUAAGAUACCAAGACAGCUUUGCCGACGA